AUGUCAUCAGAAACUCGAAACACGCUGUAUAACCCGCUGGACAGGUCGCAGAUCUCGUUCAUCCCAGCAGAGCUGAGCUCGAUCAACGACUCUCUGGGCGAUUCUGCAUAUGACACGAGCAGCGCCGAGAAGGACUACUUCGACUCGAUGUCACUGAAGCGGACGGUGACGAACAACACAUCAUCAGUCAAAACGUUCCCGGGCAGUUCGCAGGAGGAGUCUGACCGCCUGACGAAGCUGUCGACGCGAGACUCGCUGGGGUCGGACAUCAUCGACCGCAUCCGCUAUAAGAUCGUGCUGAACCUCUCGCCGCGGGAAAUACAGCUGAUUCGCAAUUCAUGGACUAUGAUGCUGACAGACGACAUCAGCACGGAGCGCACGACUGCACUGUUCCGCAAGCUGGAUAAGCUGCCCACGGUACAGCAGCCACAACCACCAGCAACAUCGCAGCCCGGGGGCGUUGCGGCAGCUGCCGGCGUUCCCAGCGCGCAGAGGCGGCCAGCGUCGACGACAGCUUCGUCUGUCGCGCCCAGCCUCAGUAGUGGCGCUGCCAGUAUGGUCAGCCAGCCAGCAACGCCUGCGCCCGCACUAGACAAUGUGAACACCAACACCAUUGCCAGUUCGCUUUUCUGUGCGCAAUUUUAUGCGAACCUGCUUGACAUGGACGCCAACCUUGAAAAGCUUUAUCCCUCCAUUAAGCACCAGGCGGUAGCAUACGCAGGCGUGCUGACCACCGCGAUCAGCCAUCUCGAGAACCUCAGCCUCAUGGAUGGGUAUCUGAGUGACCUUGGCAAGCGCCACAACCGCAUUCUCGGCAUCGAGCCGCCACACUUUGAGCUCAUGGGCAUCGCGUUCCUAAAGACGAUCCAGGAUCGCUUCGGCAUCUAUUGCACCAUCGAACUUACAGAGACCUGGUCUCGCUUGUACUCGUACCUUGCCAACAGCAUCCUGCAGUUCGGCAUCGACCCGGUGCUGGAGCUCAACCACAUGGAAGAGGAGAUUAUCUUCCCUAUUCCCAACCUCAUCGAGCAGACCCCGACCACAAAGGCUCCUCUAACCCCUGCAGAGAUCCCACAGGCCGAAACCCCAGCUCAUAAUCCUCCUGCGCUCUCGAUACCUGCCCAGAAGGCCACGGCCCCCUCCCUUGUUCCACCGCACCAUCCUGCAAUCUCCCCCUCAGUGUCACCUGCGUCUAGCAGUCCAAAGUCUUUGCCCUCCAAGCAAGUUGACAGCCCUUCAGCGAACAAGCGUGUUAACUUCUACAAAAUGAAGCGCAAGGAUGGCGGCGACAAGGACUGUAUUCUCAUGUAA